AUUUUUUUUCCCCCCUCUCAAACGCUGUUAACCCCGCUCGGCUCUGAAGACUAGUGCGAUCGCGCAAAAGGUGGAGCAGCCUACAGACGGUCCAAAAAAAGGUGUCGGAGGAAGGAGCAGAUCGCGCUUGGAUAAGUUUGUGUGAUGGAGUGGCGUGAGCAGUCCGCUGUCAGCUGCGACGAAGCCUACUUGGAGGCGCAGAGAUGGCUUGAGGCAGUAACCAAGAAAAAAUUUGGGACCAACGACUUCCGAUCAGCGCUGGAGAAUGGCUUUCUGUUGUGUGAUCUGCUCAACAAGCUCAAACCUGGUAUAAUCAAGAGGGUUAACAGGCUCUCCACACCCAUCGCUGGACUGGACAACAUAAACGUCUUCCUCAAGGCCUGCGGGAAGCUUGGACUAAAGGAAGCACAGCUCUUCCACCCAGGAGACCUCCAGGACCUCUCCACCAGAGUUACAGUCAAGCAUCAAGAAACCAACAGGAGGCUGAAAAAUGUGUUGAUCACCAUUUUCUGGCUGGGUAGAAGGGCUCAGUGUGACCCGUUCUAUGAUGGACCUUACCUGAAUCUCAAGGCAUUUGAGGGAUUACUGGGCACAGCACUAUACAAGGCUCUCGAGGAGUCCAGCCAGAGAGGGAGCAACGUCAGAGACAGUGGUUUUGGAGACAGUUGGUACUCGGAGCGAGAGGAGCUCUUCCAGCUGAGAGGAGGAGGAGUAGGAGGAGGACGAGGACACAGGAGAGACGACUCCCUGGAUAGCCUGGACUCUCUGGGCUCCCGACCCCACAGCAUCUCAUCUGACGCCACCCUUAAAGGCAGCAGCGAGGGUUGUUGCAGUGACACAGAGGCAGAUUCUGUCUUCAAGAUGGCCAACAACAAGGACUCGGUCAGUUACCGCCGUUCGCUGGUCCUUACACCCAAGACCGCCACUCAGUUCAACCAGUUCCUGCCCACUAAAGAUAAGUCCUCAGGUUAUGUGCCUGCUCCACUGAGGAAGAAACGGGCGGAGCGUACCGAGGACAACCGGCGCAGCUGGGCCAGUCCAGCGUACACAGAGGAGGAUGGCUCAUUCACCAGACUGCCCCAAAUGCACGACGGUAGCGACGGGAGCAAAUCAAUGAGCGACAUCCAAGUUGACCCCGCCAUCAUGCAGCAGGCUCGCUUCGAGGAGCUGCAGAAGUAUCGUGAGCGUGUGAAGGCAAGCGAGGACCAGUGGCAGGAUGACCUGACCAAAUGGAAGAAUCGGCGCAAGAGCGUCAACUCUGAUAUAGUGAAGAAGAAGGAGGAAAGGGAGCAGAUUGAGCAGGUCACAUACGGCGGCACCAGCUCCAGAAGGUCUAAGACCUUCAAGGAGAUGCAAGAAGAGAGAGAGAACAGAGGACAGAACUCCGUUGGCAGCCGUCUCUCCUCUCUCUCUUACUUGAGCGACGACCAGGACGUAUUCGACCCCCCCGUCAUUGCCCCACGCACCCGCUCUCUUCCUCCAAGGAGCUACACUAUUGACACCCCCUACUCUUUAGUGGACCCCUCCCCUCUUCCCUCUGUGCCCUCUCUGGGACAGGAGGACCCCCCUGCAGCUUCCCCAGCUCCUGGCAGGGCCGCUUCCCCUCCUACCACACAGGAAGUUGACAUUUUGGACAGUCCUGACACCACUACUAGUAUCUCUCCUAUCACUACCACCAGCCAUAGCUCCCUCCACCGCAGCCGCUCACCAACAGCUGUACCCAUGGAGACAAACACCAGCACAGCCAAGACUGAGGAGACAUCCACAGCUACGGUCUCCUCAUCCAUCUCGCUCCAGAAGGUGCCUGAGCCCAGGCGUCCAUUGGCGGCCACGCAGCCCGAGAUGGAGCCCCCCUCCUCUGGUUCCCUAUACAAACCACCACAGUACAACUCAGUGGAACCGAAGCCUCCCGGGGUGUCUCGGGUUUCCGCCUCCCUCCCCAGGAGCUACCAGAGAUCGGAUAGCGCCCGGCUCACCUCAGUUGUCACGCCCAGGCCCUUCGGGACCCAGUCCACCCGUGUCACCUCUCUUCCCCGGGUCUUCGCAAUGGAGGACUCUCACAAGCGCGUGAACGGCGACAUAGACGUUUCAAAGAAGUCGUCCGUGCCAAGCCGCUAUCACCAGUUCAUGACCUCCGAGGACGAGGCUCACUCCCACUCCAGCUCGGCUCACAGCAGCGACAAUGAAGAGGAGGAAGAGGAGACCACAGGGAAGAGUGUCAUAUCGGCACAGAGCAUCUCUCCGGUCCCUCCUCAGGGCAAGAGCGAAGCCCCAGUCAGUCCUGAUCCAGUCAAGGAUACCAUCGAGGAGAACUAUUGUGACAUGCGAAUCAGUCUGAAUCAGAAGCCGAACAGCAGCCGGGACUUUGGCUUCCAGGCCAACUGGGACUCAAAAGGAGCUCGCAUCACAUCUAUCCAGCCAGGCAGCCCGGCGGAGAUGUGCCAGCUGCAGGUCGGGGACGAGGUGCUGACCGUGAACAGGCACCGGGUGGCAGACAUGAGCUACACAGACUGGAAGGCCCGCAUGGAGGAGGCUCUGCAGCAGGGCAGUCUGAUCGUGGAUAUACGCCGCCACGGCAAGAACAACUGGGACAGAGAUCUACCUUCCCUGCCAUUUAAAAGCCAUAAGACCAUCAAUCUGACCACUACGGAUCAUCCAACAUUUGUAGGUUCCCCUGACACAAAUAACAUCAAAGCCAGCUUGGAUUUCACUUCACGGGUACCUACGGAAACUCUGGCAAGCAAGGAGGUCCCCGCCCACCCGCUCAUUGACGCGUCCUCAAAUGGAGUGAAUGGGGGUUUCCGUGAGGAGCCAGUGACCAUGAGAAACAAAGAGUCAGAAUCCAUAUCUUUGAAAAACUUAAAACGGAGGUCAGAGUUUUUUGAACAAGGGGGAUCAGAGUCUGCAGUAUCAGAUAUACCCGUUCCCUCAAUCACUCCUUCUUCCAAUCGCUGGUCUUGGGACCCUGAGGAGGAGCGCAAAAGACAGGAGAAGUGGCAGAAGGAGCAGGAGCGCCUCCUACAGGAGAAAUAUAAGCGUGACCAGGAGAAAUUGGACGAGGAGUGGCGCAAGGCCCAGCAGGAGAUCUCCAGCACCACGCGCCAGCAGGAGCAGCCAAGCAGCCUGGAGGUGAACCACCACAGCAUCAGCCCACGCUCGCCCCUCUCUCCCCUCAGCCCUCCAUGGGAAGACCAGGCGGAGGAAGAGAGAAAGAGGAGGGAGGAGCAGGAGCACCAAAGGCAGGCAGAGGAGAGACAGAAGAGGGAAGAGGAGGAACGGGAGCUUCAGCGUCUCCAGGAGGAGAGGAAGAGGAGAGAAAAGCAGGAGGAGGAGGAGAGGAGGAGGAGGGAGGAGGAAGAGUUGAGAUGGCAGAGGAGGAGAGAGGAGGAGGAGGAGAGGCGGCGUCAGGAAGCAGCCGAGCAGCAGCGCAGAGAGAUGGAGAGAGCCGCCGAGCUGCAGCAGCAGUGGGCUGGUGAAUCCUCUGGCUUUGCCAAUGUACAGCCCGAGCUAUCAUUUGCAGACAGGGCAAAGUCCAAGUCAACUCCCCAGCUCGAUGAAGUGGACAGAGCCGAGAGGAAAGUGGCUGGCAACGGAGUGGGUGAGGCGUCCUGGAGGGACUCUCAGAAGAAGGGCCAGCAGCCUCAGUCCCAGGCCGAGCUGGAGAGGCAGCAGAUCCUGCAGGAGAUGAAGAAGAAAACUCACCUGCUGACAGAUAGCAGCUGGAUCCGCCAGCGCUCCACCUGCACCGCGACCAACAAGGAGCCCAUCAACCUCCCCAUGCGCAGAGGUGAGUCUCUUGACAACCUGGACGCCCCACGCAACUCCUGGAGGUCGUCGUGGACGCCAGGCAGCACCUCCUCCAUUCCCAACUACACUCGGCCUCACUCUGCCCUCUCUGGCAGCUCUUCCUUUUACGGCGGCGGGCCCGCGGCUCGGCCCGGCUCCGCCACCCUUCCCUCCUCCUACUCCAUGGGAUCCCUCAGAGGUGGGGCGGGAACACCUUCGUACCCCUGGUCCCAGCAGUCACAUUCCCCCUCGCCCUCCUCCCCCUCGCCCACCACCUCUCCAGAGCCCACCUCUGAGAGCCGCUCCUCUCAGCAGCGGAGCAGGUCAGUGAGUGGCAAGAAAAUCUGUACGUUCUGUGACACCCCGCUUGGAAAGGGAGCAGCCAUGAUCAUCGAGUCCCUCGGGCUCUGUUAUCAUUUGGGCUGUUUUAAGUGUAUCGACUGUAAGUCCGACCUGGGAGGAUCGGAAGCCGGGGCAGAAGUCAGAAUACGAAACAAACAGCUGUACUGUAACUCCUGCUACAUGCGAUUCAAAACCGGCCAGCCAACCUCCAUGUGACGUGACCAUACUCCAGCAGAUUGAUGAAGAGACUACUUUCGACAACAACCCAUGAACGUUGCAGCCGUGACCAACAGCCGGGACACUUAAUGGCAACAUAUCUACAUUUAUAAUUCUAGAAAGCAGCAAGAGACUCAGCAGUGAGAAUCAUAUUUCUUCUUUUUACAGUGUGUGUGUGAUUGGGAGGGUAACUGUGGCAGAAAGUUAGCAAAAUUUAAUGUGUUAUAUCAUAUUAAGUAUUACAAAUUGUACAAAGUAUAAGGGAUAUGCAUGCACCACCAGUUUUUAGAUGUUUUAGCCAGAAACUACUCAAGCAUUAUAUUGUCUAUAAGAUUACCAAGGCAGAGCUUUGUUAUUGUGACAGAUUUUAGAGAUGGAAGAGUUUUCAUGUUAGACUUUGGGAGCCCUGCACUAUCUUCUCCUCUCACCUAGGCUUCUUUUCUGCUGAGUCCUGUGCAAUUAACAUGUUUGUUGACCAAGGUAUUCUUAUCAUGUCUAUGUGCCUUUUUUGUUUGUAACAGGUGAGAAGUAAUAAAGAUUAUUAGAAUUAUAUCGAGAUGUAUUUAAAACAAAAUGUUCCAGUUUGCUUGGAGAGCACUUACCGGGAGUUUCCAACGCAUCGAUUUAAGAUUCUACACGAGCAAGUUUUUCAUGAGAAACUAUAUCAUACUGAAUGGCAUUGAGGCAAACUUUCUUCAGACAUAUUUGUAAAUAAAAUGACCAAAUGUUCA